UGAGCUAAGGUGGGAUGCAGGACUCGCGCAGGGUCCUAAUGCAUGGCACUUCGGCUGGAGCAUCACGGACUUGGAGACUGGCGCAGGAGCUAACUCUAAAUGUCCACAUAUCCAAUUGGACUGACAGUGUCUACCAGACUGGACGAGCUACCUUACCAUGAGAUCAUCUGUACCUUGAUCUACCUUACAGCUUGCCCUGCCAACUGAGGGGGGCCUGCCUGCCGUCCUGUCAUGUUGCCUGUCGUACGUCCAGUUUCGUCCAGAGGGGAAAGAGCGGUCGGUAUUAGUUGAUCCCCCGCCUUCCUGCUCUAAGUCUCUCUCUUGGAAAAACAUAAAUUCCACCUCAGUCAGCUCGCAAAUUCAUACACUGGUCAACCGAACGACCUGACUUUAUCCUAAGUUCCUCUCAUUCUGGGCUGCAUUCGACUUACUUCCUCAUACAUCUCACAAUACCUAUCAUCAUGUCGGCCCUACCUAUGGCAGCUCCGCCCAAGAGCCCCUUGGCUCGUUACCGCAUUCUCUCCCCGACGGCUUCCGUUCGAGUGAGUCCUCUGUGUUUGGGCGCCAUGAACUUUGGCGACGCCUGGAAGGGAUACAUGGGAACUUGCGAUCAAAAGACCGUCGAAGAGAUCCUCGACUUCUUCCAUGAACAAGGGGGCAACUUCAUUGACACCGCCAACAACUACCAAUUCGAAGAGUCCGAAGAGUGGAUUGGCGAAUGGAUGAAGAAAAGAGGUGUUCGUGACCAAAUGGUCAUUGCAACUAAGUACACCACGAACUUCCAAGCGGGUCCCGACGCACCGGGCAUCAUGGCCAACUUCACCGGCAACGGAUCCAAGAGCUUGCACACUUCUGUAGAGGCAAGCUUGCGCAAGCUGAAGACCGACUACAUUGACCUGCUCUAUGUUCACUGGUGGGACUAUUCUACUUCUAUUCCGGAGCUGAUGCAGUCCCUCAACAACCUCGUCAUCACCGGCAAGGUCCUCUUUCUCGGCAUCAGUGACACCCCCGCAUGGAUCGUCAGCAAGGCCAAUGAAUACGCCAGAAAUCACGGACUACGCCAAUUCUCAGUCUAUCAAGGGCGAUGGUCUGCUGCCUCGCGAGACUUUGAGCGAGAGAUCAUUCCAAUGACCAAGGCUGAAGGAAUGAGCUUGGCACCCUGGGGCGCGCUCGGCGGUGGCGCUUUCAAGACGGAAGAGCAACGCAAGUCCCAGGAGGGCCGCAAAGUUCAGGCUAGCGAAGCGCAGAUCAAGAUCAGUCAGGUGCUGGAAAAGAUCGCCAGCAGCAAAGGCACAAUCAUCACGAGUGUUGCUUUAGCUUAUGUCAUGCAAAAGACGCCUUACGUCUUCCCCAUCGUCGGCGGCCGCACUGUCGAUCAUCUGAAGCAAAACAUCGAGGCUUUAGCCCUCGAUCUCUCUGAUGAAGAAAUCCAGGAGAUCGAAGGAGCUGUCCCGUUCGAUAUGGGCUUCCCCCAUAACUUUUUAUGGGGAGAGAAGGUCCCGGCGAACCCUGGCGAAGUCUGGUUGUUGAACAUGGGAGGAACUUUCGACUAUGUUCCAGAGCCCAAGGCUAUUGCACCCAAGGAAGGCGGAAAGUAGUACUAUCGAGUGCGGAACCAGUACAAAAGGUGGCGGCCGAUGGAUUACUGAGAGGCUGUUGAAAAGCGACAUGGUGUCCCGUAGCCGCUGCUUAGCUGCCUUUCAAGUACAAUUUCAUACACAUCUCUGGCCAGGCACCGAUCCAGUCUGCGAUGCUGAACGUAGUCAAAAUUCGCAGACCCAUUGCUCCUGAGACUGUCAUUAGUCUGUUCGAGGCUCUGCAAUGUAUCAUGCAGCUUACUUGGCCUGGAAGCCAAUCACCAUCCAUUCUUUCCGCAUCG